AUGGCUUCCCGACUGAACAAUCCCAGGAAUUUCGAUCUCCCAAACCUCCAAUCCUUCUACCACUACAUCGCCCCGACAUGGACACCGCUCCACGCCCACAGGGACGCCGCCAGCACCAGCCCCCUACGCAACCUCCGCCUUACAACCUGGAACAUCGACUUCCAAGUGCCGUGCAAGAAUGAGCGCACCGCCGCAGCCCUGCGCUAUCUCUCGCAACGGCCGCCUGCGCCCUACCCGGAGGUGAUCUUCCUGCAGGAAAUGGUCGCCUCCGAUCUCGAGCUGAUAAAAGCCACGCCCUGGGUGCAAGACAACUUCUACAUCACCGAUUUCUCCACGCAGCACUGGCUAGGGAGCUACGGCACCACCACCCUCGUCGACAAGCGCCUCCCCGUGGAACGCGUAUUUCGCGUUCCCUACGCCGCGUCGCGGAUGCAGCGCGACGCGCUCUUUGUCGAUAUCGCCCUCAACCCGAACGCCCCGCUGCGCCUCUGCAACACCCACCUGGAAAGUCUCGUGUCUGUUCCGCCGCGGCGGCCCGUGCAGCUGCGGCGCGCGGCGGACUUCAUGCAUGGCACCGCUGACGGUGGAGAGGUGUCCCUACCUACGCCGCAUGGGGCGAUUCUUGCCGGCGAUUUGAACGCCUUUGCGCCCGAGGAUGCUGUCGCCCCGCGGGACUGUAACCUCCACGACGCGUUCUUGGUCCUCGGCGGCCGGGACGGGACCGAGGAGAGCUUCACCUGGGGCCAGCAGAUCCCUGACUGGAUGCGCGAGAAAUUUGGGUGUAGUCGUAUGGACAAGGUGUUGUUCUGCGGGGGGCUGCGGGUGACGGCCUUGCAGAGGAUUGGGGCUGGGGAGAAGAUUUGGGUUGAGUAUCCGAAGGGGGACAGCAACGAAGAGAGUGAUGGAGAGAAGGGGGAGGAGAUGUGGGUGACUGAUCAUUUGGGCCUGCAGGCAGAGUUUGAGAUUAUCUGA